CUCUGCAAGGGUAUCUGCUGUUUUCCUUCCUGAUGUUCCCGUUCACCGUUUCUUCUCCCUGUUAGGAAGUUUGACUCCUGUCCAGCUGAAGAUCUCGUCUUGUCUCAGCUCACAAGCCCUCUCUCUCAAAGCCUCCAAUGUCAUGCCAUGUCAGUUCUUCAUCUGCUCUGUCCUGUCAGUCAUAGCUUUUCUGGUUGCAGCACACAAUUUGAGGACUGAGGUGAGACUGACAGCCAGUCAAUCUACUCAGCUUGUGUGUUUUUUUGUCGUCUUUAUACAACUCCAGAUCAAAGUUCUCAAAGAUAACGCAACAUUCACUGUGUGUUUAUGGUUCCUGAGAGACACCACUGCUCUCGCACUGCUGCUCUGUACAGGGAAUGGGUGCAGAGAAAUAAAGUCUGGGACUGUAAGACGACUCAACUUUAGAGAUUCACAUGCUGUAUAUUACUGGUAUGGAUAUGAACAAACUGAUGUGAGACGGACUUGAUACAGUUGGCGUUUGGAGCAGCAGACUGGCCGGAGACAUGAACAGAUUUUAUUCAGUGCAGGCGUUGGAGCCAGAGAACGGGACCAAAGUUAAAGAGUCCUUCAAGUUUGUGUCGGAGUUGAAGAGGGAUGUACGGAAGGACGGUGGAGAGGGGCGAUCGGAGCCCUCCUGUUGUCUCAGCGUCAGUAAGAUCUCCUACACAGUCAGUGAGCAUGUGGGUCCAUGGUGGGACUUACCCUCCUACAGGAAGCGAUGGACUCGUCAGAUCCUCAAUGAUGUCUCUUUCCACGUAGACAGCGGGCAGAUCAUGGGCAUACUGGGCAAUUCAGGCUCAGGAAAGACCACGUUAUUGGAUGCCAUCUCAGGGAGGAUUGGAAACCGGGACACCCUGUUGGGUGAGGUCUUCAUUAACGGCAGGAAACUGAAGAGAGAAGAGUAUCAGGACUGCUUCUCCUAUGUACUACAGAGUGAUAACUUGUUGAGUUAUCUGACAGUGGAGGAGACUCUGACGUACACAGCCCAGCUGGCCCUGCGGAAACACUCGGCCGAGGCGAUAAAGAAAAAGGUGUCGGCGGUGAUGGCUGAGCUAAGUCUGAGUCAUGUGGCCCACAGUGUUAUUGGAGGUCGUGUUUUCCCAGGGAUCUCGGGGGGCGAGAGGAGGAGAGUCUCCAUCGCCAGCCAGCUACUUCAGGACCCAAGGGUUAUCCUAUUGGACGAGCCCACCACAGGCCUGGACAGCAUGACCGCCAAUCAGAUUGUGGUUCUGCUGGCAGAGCUGGCCCGGAGGAACCGCAUCGUCAUAGUAACCAUCCACCAGCCACGCUCCGAGCUCUUCAGGGUGUUCAGUAGGAUAGCUAUCAUGAGUCGUGGGGAGCUGGUGUUCUGUGGGCAGCCAGAGGAGAUGGUGGACUUCUUUAGUGAAUGUGGAUAUGAGUGUCCAGAGUACUGCAACCCCUUCGACAUCUAUGUUGACUUCACCUCAGUGGACACACACAGCAGUGAGAGGGAGGCAGCCACGUUCAGCCGCAUGCAUGGGAUCACUUCAUCCUAUCAGAGGUCUGCAAUCUACCAGAGCAUGCUGGGAAAAAUAGAGCAGAGCCUGCAGCGGGCGGAGAAGCCAGCCAUCCCCUUUAAGAGCAAGGAGUCACCCAGCGGGGCAGCCAAACUUGAAGUUCUGCUCAGGCGGACUGCAAGAAACCUAUCCAGAGAUAGGAUGGGUGUUCUGAUGCGUCUGUCCCAGAACCUGAUCUACGGUCUCUUUGUGGCCUUCUUCGUCAUGCAUUUAGACGACGACGUCACCAAGGGUGCUGUGCAGGACCGCAUCGGCAUCAUCUAUCAGAGCGUUGGCGCUUCGCCCUACACUGGCAUGCUGAACGCUGUAGCUCUCUUCCCGGCACUGCGAGCCAUCAGUGAUCAGGAGAGUCAGGAUGGUCUGUACAGUAAAUGGCAAAUGUUCUUGGCCUACAUCUUUCACGUUCUGCCCUUCAGCAUCCUGAGUGUCUUCAUCUUCACCUCGUUCCUUUACUGGACUGUGGGGAUGCAUCCCGACAGCUUACGCUUCCUGUGUUUCACUGCUGUAGUUCUGGUGCCACAUAUUAUAGGUGAGUUGCUGACUGUGGUGCUAUUAGGAGUGGUCCAAGACCCUAACAUGGUCAACACGGGUGUGGCCCUGCUUAAUAUUGCAGGGAUCUUGGUGGGAUCUGGCUUCCUAAGAAGCACCCAGCAGAUGCCAGUGGUCUUCCAGUGGCUCAGCUACCUUACCUUCCAGAAGUACAGCUGUGAGCUGCUCAUAGUCACCGAGUUCCACGGACUCAACUUCACAUGCAAUAUUUCCAAACCUCUGCCGGGAGCCUGUCUGGUCACUCAUGGCGGUCAGAUCAUUGAUGAAGGCUAUCCCGGCGCUCUGUCCCGGUACACACUCGACUUUGUUCUCCUCUACUCCUUCCUCCCUGCCCUUCUGCUGCUGGGCAUGAUCAGCUUCAAGAUCAGAGACAAGCUUAUACGUCACUAAAAUCACUGACACACAUUUGUGGGUGAAUCCUCUGUUUUAACAGGAAGCUGAACUGAGUUUUGUUCAUAUGAUCCCAAACAGCUUUCAAGUAAAGGUGAGGUAUACUAAAGUCCUGUGGCUCCUGCCAACGCAUCAUCUGUGUUUGCACUUAACCCUUUCCUCUAACAUUCAAGAAAUAUUUCUAUGCACUUACCUAAGUAAAAAAAGAGGUUGUGUUAGACAUUUUCUCAGAAAAAAAAAAGAAGUAAUAAAUAAAAAAUCCCAGUGCAGUGCAAGGUGUACAGUACAGCAGGGUUUUACAGCAGGGCACAGAUUCAACCUAAGGUUCUGUAUAUUUUAAAUAGGCAGUUUCUGGCUUGAACAAACAAUAUUUGCACUGUUGUCAAAUUAAUGCUUUUUGUAUAAAAGUAAAUACAAAGUGGUACAUGUAAAGUACAUGUAACUUGAAUCUUAAACUGUAAAUCACCAGUUUAAUUCAAAAUUGAACGAUAGACCGCUGUGUAUGUAUGUAAAACUUUGUUUAAAUUUUGUGACUGUAAUGUGUUAUGAAUAAAAAGUGAUGCCUACUGUAAAAAUUUAAAAUAGUUUAUUUUUCUAGAACACAUUUUAGCAUCGGUACACUGUACAAGUAUUUUUGUGGCGUAUAAAAAUGCCUUGAAGAAAAAGUCGAGAGGCUUCAUAAAAGUUGUAUGAUUUAUCAAAUAAAUAAAAAAAAACAAAACACAGACACACCACUAAAUAAUAAAUGCAAAAUAUGUGUACAUUAAUAU